UUGAAGAAACAAGUUACAGGAAAGUAAAGAAGAAGAUUGGAAAUGGCAGCCUAUGCCGCUCUCGUCUCUGUAAUGCAAAUCGUUGAUCAAAUUGAAAGUCAUCCUCUCCCUCCAAUCUCUCUCCACAAAAAUCAGGUUGAAUCUCUCACUCAAUCAAUUACUUUCCUCCAAGAUUUUCUCGAGCAUUAUUCUUCCCAAGGUGGCUACACUGAAGAAGAAGAUAUUUGGGAGAUUCGCAUAGCAAAAGCAGCUAACGCAGCUGAAGAUGUGAUUGAGUCUCAUAUAGUGGAUCAGAUUCUUGCUCGAUCAACAAAUAAUGGCGAAAAUACCAGCUCCACUGAAUUCUAUCAAGGUCUGCAGAAGGAGAUAGAAGAAAUGAAUUCGAUACACAUUGAGAUUAAGGAGAAGAUGGUAGUCCAAGAUAGAAGGCGCAUCAUAAAGUCAAUUACCACUGAUGCUGCAGGCUCGUCUAGAUCUACUUCCGGUGCUCAGAAGGUUACCAUGGUUGGUUUUGAUGAUGUCUUGUAUCAAAUGCUGGACAAGAUCACCGGAGGACGACCUGAUCGCCAAAUCAUCCCGAUUGUUGGAAUGGGUGGGAUCGGUAAGACGACCCUUGCUCGAAAUAUUUAUGCAAAUCCACUUGUCUGGCAUCAUUUUGAUUUAUGUGCAUGGUCCACGAUUUCUCAAGAGUAUAAUGCAAGAGAAAUUCUCAGACAAGUUCUCGAUCAUCUAGGCAAGGGGAACACGUGUGAUUUGAGUGAAGAGGAAUUAGGAGAACAAUUGUACAAAUAUUUAUUCGGUAGGAGGUAUUUUAUUGUGAUGGAUGAUAUGUGGGAUAUUAAAGCAUGGGAUGGCGUUAGGAAUUUCUUCCCUAAUAACGACAAUGGGAGUAGAAUAGUAGUGACUACAAGGCUGUCAAACUUGGCUUCUAACUUUAACUACUCGAAUGGUCUUGAUAUGAAGUUUUUGGAUGAGGCCACUAGUUGGAAUCUGUUUUCCAAAACUGUGUUUGGGGAAGAAAUUUGGCCUUUUGAGUUGGAGGACGUAGGAAAGAAGAUCGUGAAAGGUUGCAAAGGACUUCCAUUGUCAAUUGUCGUGAUCGGGGGACUCUUAUCAAAGUCUGAGCGAACACGAGAGAAUUGGGAGUCUAUUCAGCGAAACUUAAGUUCAGUUGUGAACAUGGAGGAUAACGAAAGUUGCUUGCAAAUAUUAUACAUGAGUUAUGAUAGUUUGCCGGUUUGUAUAAAACCGUGCUUUCUUUAUUUGGGAGUAUUGCCGGAAGAUGACGAGACCCCAAUCUCUCAACUAAUCCCAAUAUGGGUUGCUGAGGGAUUUCUAAAACCAUUUGAAGGGAAGAGUUUAGAAGAGGUAGCAGAAGAGUACUUAGAAGAACUUGUUGAUAGAAAUCUGCUUUUAGUUGAAAAACGCAACCAUUAUGGAAAACUAAAAUCAUUCAAAAUCCAUGAUCUCUUGAGAGAUGUAUGUUUGAGAGAAGCAGGGAAAAUGAACUUUUUAUCUGUGCUAAGAGAGCAGAGCUUUCAUGACAUUCCACAAGGCAUAUAUCUACAACGCCGUAUUCUGAGCACCUUAUGGGAAUAUCCGAAAACACUUCUCCAAUCUCUGGAAGCGGCACCACUUGUCCGCACUUGGAUAGGGGAUCUUCCGAAGAGUUUGUCGCGUAAUUUUAGAUUGCUGAGGGUUUCCUUUUCUGAUAAGUACUUUGAGGAAGAAAGUAGUGAAAAUUAUGGAGAAUUUUUACUUCGGUUAGUUAACUUACGUUUCUUUGUUGUCGAUACCGAUGAGCAUCUUUCUAGAAUUCCUUCUGCCAUCUCUUCUCUCUGGAAUUUGCAGACACUAGUUCUAUAUAACAUGGGUUUUGACUACAUUUUCGAGUUUUGGAAGAUGCCUCAACUUAGGCAUGUCAUGACCUAUGAGGGGACACUUGAUGCUACACACGGUCUCAAUGGUGAUAUGAAUGGGAAAGAUGGAGUGUUCGUAUUGGAAAACCUACAGUCGCUUUUUGUAAUGAGCAAUCUCAACUUCGGUGAGGGGGUGGUUAGAAGAAUCCCCAAUAUCAAAAGGUUAAAGUUAUAUUAUAAUAAAACCUCAACCGAGGGAUGUGAUUGCUGUCUCAGCAAUCUUCAGUAUCUUCACAAACUCGAAGUUCUUGGCCUUCGUUACUCAAAUAAUUUCCAUAAAUAUUUGGAGUCGGAACUCAUCUUCCCGUCUUCCCUCAAGAAGUUGACGUUGGAAAAGACCAAGCUCCCUUGGGAAGACAUGGAGAUAACGAUAGGUUCGUUACCUCAUCUUCAAGUUCUCAAACUGAAAAUGGACUCCUUUGUUGGGAUUGAGUGGGAAACAUUUGAAGGUCAAUUCCUUAGUCUCAAAUUCUUGCUGAUUGAAAGUUGCGAUAUAGAGAGCUGGACGACAGACAAGACCCACUUUCCACGCCUCGAGCACCUUGUCCUGCGGAAAUUAAAUUGGUUCUGGGAGAUUCCUUUGACAAUAGGAGACAUACCAACACUUCAAUCAAUUGAGUUGGAAGAUUGUAAGGCUAAUGUAGUGGACUCGGCUCAAAGAAUAGUAGACGAGCAAGAGGAAUUCGGAAAUGAAGGCCUUCAACUUCGAGUGCAAAAGAAUUUGUGAGUUAUUUUGUACCUGUUCUCGCAUUGCACCAUAGAGAUUCAGUCAUGGAGAAGAAGGUUAUCGAUUGUUGCGACCAUGAACAUCCUUUGAUUCUCGCUGAAUUUGUGAGUGAAGAUGAGACUCCAAAUUGUUAUGGGUGUGGCAUUCCCGUAAAUGAUUUGGAGGUGGCAUAUGCUUGCAAGGUGCAAAAUUGUCCGAAUAGGAUUAUCCUCCACAAGAAAUGUGGAGAAUUGCCUAUUCAAAUUUUGCACCCUAAACACUCUGAGCAUCCCAUUCACAUGUUUGAUUACUGCCAGCUUUUGGGUGCCUGGUGUGAUAUUUGCAUGUGCGAUCUUGGUAAGGUGUUUGGCUACCGAUGUCCAAGUUGUGAUUUCAACGUCAACAUGGGAAAGAAUAAGUAUUGAUGGUAUAUUAGGGGGGGAAAGACAAGUAGAACACCCGGGGAAAGACAAGUAGAACACCCGAGUCACCCUGAUCGCCCUUUGACACUAAUGAGAAGGCCAUUAUUUCCAUUUCAUUGUGAUGGUUGUGGCGUUAGGGAUGUAGACUUGGCUUACAUAUGCUCGGCAUGUGAAUUUAUGGUACACAAAACUUGUGCGUUGUUGCCCCUCAUUCUCCCCAUAAAUUUCCGAUACCACCACCACCAUCUUUCUCUUGCCUUCAGUUUUCCAAUGAAACAUUGGAAAGAUAUAUACACUUGUGAUGUCUGUCACAAAAGAUUAGACAAAACAAGUUGGGUGUAUUUUUGUGGCGAUUGCAGAUUCUUUGCCCAUGUCAGAUGUGUUACUCCAUCUGCCACCGAAGGAGACUCAAACUUACGGCAUGAUGAGGAUGAUUCCAACGUGAUUGAAUUUCCGCUACAUGCCCAUGAUGUAUCAAAGACGUUGAUCACACCUUUUGUGAUGAGAGAACAAGGUCUUGACAACAUCCCGGAUGUAAAAGACAUGCCAGCAACAGUGAAGAUGCCAGAGACCAUAGCAAGGUUUUCAUUUUUAUUCAAUUAUCACAACCAUCCUUUGAGUUUGGUUUCAGAGUUGUCCAGUAAAGAUGAUGAAGUUGAU